GUUUCAAUAGCCUCACGGUCACGCAACACGCCGGUAUAUAAGUUGUCGUGAUGGGAGAGCUUGACACACAGCGGCCGGCAGUGAGCUCGCGUGAAUAAAUAGAUUCGGAGAAAACAGCACGAAGAGAAUGUCAUCUACGAUUGCUUGGGUUGCCGUGUGCUGGCUGUUGGUUGCACACAUGAUCCUCACCGUUGCUGGUGGAUUCGGUGGUGAAGGCCUUGGUAGAGGCAAACCUGCAGUGCCCACCACAGCGAACUCUGCCGGUGGGAAUUCGAACCACCAGGAUUUUAUCCAUCACCACCACCCCACUGCUACAUCCGCUUCUACAUCCGCUUCUACAUCCGCUUCUACAUCCGCUUCUACAUCCGCUUCUACAUCCGCUUCUACAUCCGCUUCUACACCCUCUUCUACAUCCGCUUCUACACCCGAUCCUGAUCCGCAUCCUGAUCCUCACCACCCCCAUGACGCACCUGUCUGCAUCUGCAACGCUAACGUCAUACAUGCCACGUGUGAGGCGACGUGGGCAGAUCAUAUCUUCACUCCAUCCGUAGACUUUGGACCUCAAUGGGAACUAGUGUUCAAGGGUACCGCGGGCGUUCCCAUGAAUCUGUACACACUGUGGAUGUCGGACAGCGUACUGAACGUAAAUGUACCAGAAGCAAUGAUUCCCACUUCUCACUACCGUAUCAACUACAAGUCACACAUGGCCAACGAAUGGACGGAGAUAAAGCAGGUAAAAGUGGUAUUCCUGAAGAACGAUGACGUCGUAAUGUUCGUGAAUUUCGAUGGUCGGAACCAAAACAAAGUAGAGUGGUUUUCAGAAGACAACAUACUUUCUUCGUCAUUCUCUGACCUUCAUCCGGGAUCUCCUACUGAUUACUGCAGUAUAGCAGGAGACGCGUCGGCAUCUAUACAGAGACGCUUCUAUAUUCAUGAAGACGACAAUUGCUGCUCCGAUCCUGGCUGGAUCGUAGUGCUCGACAGGAUGCCAGAAGAGUGUGAUCCCUGUGAGUGGGGAUACAUGAAUCCAGACGAGAGACCCAUGUUCUUGUAUUGCCCCGAAGGAGCCGCAUGCUCGCCGAACUCGUACGAAUCUGCCGAUACGAUGCUCAUCUUUGUGCGACAUUCACAUCACCACCACCACCACCACCACCACCACCACACCCCAUGAACGUUACCCACAUGACACCAUGACGUCAUCAGCGUCGAGGAAAACAAUACUGUUAAAAGAAUGAUUUUGUUUAGAUUGACACUCGAGCGAUAUCUGUGAAUGUACGAUAUAAGGGUCGUUUUUUUAUUUGUAAUAUUGCAAUUAUGCAACACGAUAACGAACGUUCUACAUUAAAGAAUUGUUUUAUUCAUUAUUAUUUGUUUGGAAAUAUUAUCGUUUAUAGAUUUGUGUUAUGUAAUAAAUAUGCUACUAAUAAAAAAAAUAUUAACGCUG